UGUGGCGUUUACUUAAGCUCAAUAAGUUGUGUUAGUUGAUAUAUAAGUUCUCUUUACGACAUCAGUUAUUGUUGGGAAUGAAGAAGACAAAGUCUGGGAGCCUUUUUCUCUCCAUUUCAUGGGCUGACUCCCGCUAACACCGCCUGCGCGAAUUCACUGGAGCGUCCUGACUUAAAUAUCGAGUGCAUCUAGGAAGAGGGCUGUUAUUUACUUCGUGCCUCCUUCAGUAAUUUGACAGGGAUGACGGACGAGGCCCUGUUUGAGUUUCUCCACAUGGAGAUCGUGUCCCAUGUUUACAAGGAGCAGCAAGGCAGUAACGGAGCGAUGGACAACAAGGACAGAGCUGUCUGCGUCUCUGUCCUCGAAGGCAUGGGCUUCAGGGUGGGACAAGGACUCAUUGAGAGGUUGACCAGAGACUCUCCCAGCUUCAAGGAUGAGCUGGAUAUAAUGAAGUUCAUCUGUAAAGACUUCUGGACAAAGGUGUUCAGGAGGCAGAUUGACAACCUCCGAACAAACCAUCAGGGUACCUAUGUUCUACAGGACAACAAGUUUGCUCUUCUGACUCAGCUCUCCAAUGGAAAACAGUAUAUGGAACAUGCUCCUAAGUAUCUCGCUUUUUCGUGUGGCAUGGUGAGAGGAGCUCUGUCUAACAUUGGUCUGGACAGUGUGGUGACAGCUGAGGUCUCUGUCAUGCCGUCCUGUAAGUUCCAGGUGGUGAUCCAGAAGUUGUGACCUGAUCCUCUUUGCCACCGUGGUGCAGAUGAACAGGCCCCUGUGGGGUUCUGUUAAUCCAAAAGAGGGAUGGCUGUUCGUGUCCUCCCACCGAGCAGGCCAACCACAGAAGGAAUCAAACGCCGCCCUGGUUUACACAGCUGGGGAGGAGCCAGGGUUUUGCUGAUAACCUGUUACCCCUGACAGAGCAAACAGCAUCGGCCAGAGCUUAUCUCUUACUUGUGGUUGUCUGAUAAAUAUUUGUUUUAUUCCUUUUGCUUCUUGUUUUCGAUGAAUGGUUACUUUCCACUCUAACUAAAUAUUCACCUGUUAAAAAAAACAAUUGUCAGUGUUUUGAAAGUGAAUGUCUUGUUCAUGAAAAGGUAACUUAAUGCUCUGUAAUAUGUUGCCAUGUUGAUCUGAGAAAUAAUUGGAAAUAAAAAAUAAAAAAAGAAGGAUAAGACAGAGAUUUAGAUGAUACAUACAUAUUAUCAACGUCCAGACCAUUUUUAUUUAACAUCCAUCCAAUUAAAGGCUACUGAGCAUUUGAAAAUGAUUUCACCUGACACAUCAGAUUUCUUAUUCAGCUCUUGUUUCGUUGUAACAGCACCUGGUGCUUUGUUUUGCCUUGUAGCAGAUUCUUGGCAGCUAUUUAAACUUCAACUCAGUUAUGUUAUACAAUUAGAUAUGAUAACAGUUUCUAGACCCUAGCUUUAGUAUACAACUGGAAUGACAGCUGCUUAGUAAGCAUCACUCUCGUCCUCUGUAGUGUUCUCUAAUUUUCAAAGCCGACCACUCAAACUGGGUCUGGAGGUGUUUACUUUGUACCCAGGUGUACAUGUUCUGUCUUUUGUACAGUAUUGUAAACAUAUCGUCAUGUUUUUUCUUUUUUCAACACCUAAAAGACCAAGACUGUAUGUGAUGUUGUUCUAUUUAUUUUAUUUCUCGCAUCUAAACAAGCAGCGACAACUUGAUGAACACAACAAUAAAGAAACUCACCUCUG